UCCGACGGCCCUCCCCCGUUGCCGUACUCCCUGCGCCAACGAAAGCGGUCGAUUGCCUUCUUCUGGACCCUUUUCGUCAUUGACACCCUCGCCCAACCGCUAGUCUUGUAUUUUGCGCUCAAAUAUUGCACAAGUUUGUCGCUGAACAUGGUCUUCACCAUCAGCACUGCAGCAUUGGGCGGCAUUUCCGUCUUCGAAUACUUUUAUCGACUGUAUAAUCUCAUGCGAAAGGACUCACGUGCUCGACCGCUGAAUGCGCGCAAGUCAUGGCUUGAUUUUUUCCAAAUCAACUUUACUUUUGUAUGGCUGAUUCUAGCCGUCGAAUUGAUUGUUGGAACUGUCAAUCCCGAUCCCUACCUUCGUCUCCUCGCUAUGCCACUCCCUACCGUCAUGUUCUACUUUGGCGCCGUCCAUCUGACCCUCGAUGUCCUACGCAUGACUGGCUUCAAAGCUCCCUUCCGCAUCUCGUCUACCCCCCAAGGCUCCGUCAUGCCGACCGCGCUGUAUGUGCUAGUUGAAGAUAUCGUCGCUGUCGACGGCGGCGGCGGCCAGAAAUUUCGCUACGCGCUGCGCACUCGAUAUCUCUCGAGUCCCUAUUUCCGCCGCAUGCUCUUUGAAAUGAACUGCUUCUGGGCCGGCGGCUCAUUGAUCGCUGCAGCUGCCAUCACGGCGAUCAUCUUUACAACCACAGAGGACGUAGCUUAUACUCUCGGCUGGUCCCUUCCCUUCGCCUGGGCCGCACUAUGGAUUCUUAUCACCUUCCCAUGGGUCCAAGCAGAACUGCGACGAGAAAAGGAGACAUGGAACCGGGUACCGCACUACGGCGGCGAGCGUUUCGCCGACGACAUCACCGUCAAUCCACGCACACGCAUGAACUCCUUCCAGGCACGCAUCCUACCAUUUGGGCGGGAAAAGCAGAUAUCACCGCCGGGCUCGUCCGCCGUCACCGACGAAACCACCGCCAAUUCUCCUAAUUUCAAUAGUAGCCCGCCUACCACUCAACCCCAAGUACAACCAUCAGGCGAUACUGCCAAU